GUGGCUCAAAGGCAACAGUGGAUUUGCCAGACUUUGAUGCCCCUGUUACAGGCAUGGAAACCUCUGCAGAUGUGAACAUGGAGGAAGUGGAUGAGGAUAUGAUUGUGGAGGAUGCAGAUGAGUAUUCAGCUCAACCUUGGAUGAAGCCUCAUAAUCUUCUACAAGACAAAUUGCUCAGAUACAUCCUGGACACGGGGCGGCUGGCCGAAGAGGUCAUUGUGAAGGAGGGAGUGAUAUGCCUCUUAAGAGAAGAUUUUUGGACACUUGGUUUGAGAAGGGAAAUGGAGUCUGAUAUUGGAAAUGCCUGCAUGAAACUCAUUUAUGAAGAUGCUCGAGCGCAUGUCAAAUACAUAUAUACUGCUGAUAUGUAUGUUGUUACUACAUGGAAAGACAGUGUAGAUCCCUUAGCUUACCUUCCAAAGAUGCACUUGUGCUCUGGACAAAAGCUGCCGGCCCAGAACAUUAUCUGUUAUGUGAGUAUUGCACAUCGUCUUGACCCUGGACAGUGGACAGAAGUCACAGGAUUGGAUAUUGGGGUCUUUCCUCAACAGACCAACAGCAUUGAUUGUGGAGUUUUCAUGCUCAUGUAUGCCCUUUACACUGUGCUGAACACUCCAUUCAAUUUUACUUCGCUUGACAUGCCUGCAAUCAGGGAGUGGUGGUGUCUACGUCUAAUUGAGCGGUUUGAGACAGAGGGGCAUGGGAAAAGGUUCGCCCACUGGACAGAGGAGGCAAGAUGCCUGACUGAAGGGACAUUACGACCACUUUACAGGAGUUUUCCAGGACUAACACAUGACCUACCACAACAUGUUGUUGCCAGUAGGAACCGAAAGUUAUCCAACCAGGCUCUGGUGGACUUCAUUGUGGCAAGAGGAACCGAUAACCACAUUCAGUCCAUCAUCAGUGGACAAAAAAAAUCACAGUGGCUUGACACUUUUUCCAAGUGUUCCAUAAAGAAAGUGCCUGUGCCAUUGUUCAUUGAAGAUCAGGAACAAAUUGAUAUUAUCUACACUCACCUGACUUCAAUUCUGAACAGUACACCCACACACACCCACAGUGACCAGAUCAGAUUUAUUAUGGAUGUCCUUUUUCCAGAGUCCAUCAUCUGUGCUCUUGCUGUUGUGGAACAUGUGUCCAUCAUGGAGGCUGAGGAGAAAUUCCUGCGAGGACCUGUCAUUGACGCAAGGAAAUUGAGCGAGAGCACUUUGACAGCAGGAUAA